AUGUCUCCUCUCCCACGCCGCGCCAUCAUCGCAGUCACUUCUGCCACCGCUCCUCUCCAUAAUGGCAACCCAACAGGUCUCUUCAUCAGCGAAGCUCUCCACCCUUUCCAAGACUUCAAAGCCGCUGGAUUCGAAGUAGACCUCGUGUCUGAGAAAGGCACAUAUGUCCCCGAUUGGUUGAGUCAAACACCGGACUUCUUACAUGGUGAUGACAAGAAGCAAUGGGAGGAUCUGAGCGGCGAGUUCCGGCAGAAACUGGAUAAUAUGCCCGCCGUGAACACUAUUGAUGGGUCAAAGUAUGGCAUCUUCUACGCUAGCGCAGGCCAUGCGGCGCUGAUUGACUACCCGCAUGCGAAAGGCCUACAGAAGAUUGCGACGGAUGUGUGGGUGCAGGGUGGUGUUGUGUCUGCUGUCUGCCACGGUGAAGCAAUCUUUCCCGGCGUCAUCGACCCGGAGACCGGCAAGUCCAUCAUUGCGGGCAAGACAAUCACGGGCUUCACAACUCAAGGCGAGUAUGACAUGCACAUUAUGGAGCCCAUCCGAAGCUGGGGCGAGCCUCUGAUCGAUGAGUGGGCGGAGAAGCUGGGUGCCAAGUACGUUCGAGCCGACGGCGUCUGGGACGACUUUCAUAUCGUCGAUGGGAGGGUUGUGACUGGCAUGAACCCACAGAGCGCGCACAGUACGGCAAAGGCCGCAUUGGAAGUUUUUGAGAAGCUCUGAGCGAAGAAAGGGAAAGGACAAGGAACGAUGGCUUCGUUGGUUCUGACAUGAUAUUUGCUUUCUAGGAAUUAGGUACCUAGC